AUGGACGCGUUGGCUAUUCCCGCAGACAGGCAGAAAGGGUGGUACCUCUCUCUGAUGGCCCCAAACACAAAAGGCCCAGAUUUCGCCUGGCUGGACCCGUCCAGGCUCUACUGCAACUCCCAGGCUCUGGCAGACUGCGUCAACGACCUCCUCGCUCCAUUCCACAACGACACAAUUGACCUGGUUGCUGGGAUAGAUGCAAUGGGGUUUAUUCUUGGGGCGUCUGUUGCCACCAGCAUCAGAAAAGGUUUCCUGGCCAUUCGAAAAGCGGGUCAUCUGUGUGUUGCAACCCAAAGCCAAAACUACAGUGACUACACCGGCAGAGAAAAGACUAUGGAAGUAAGGCUGGAUGUUCUCAAACCAGGCCUGAGGGUCUUAUUGGUGGACCAGUGGAUAGAAACUGGAGGCACAAUGAAGGCUGCCAUCCAGCUGGUGGAGCGGCUGGGAGCCACCGUCGCAGGUGUGGCGGCUGUCGCCAUCGAAAACACAGAAGGAGGGAGGUGGAUUAAGGAAAACUACAAGUUCUCUCACUGUAUCCCCGAGGAGCUGCAGAGCCAGAUUGACGGGAAGUACCUGGACUCCUUCAAAAGCUUUAGCAAGUAG